UCUCCGUGACGUCACUUCCCGACAGGUGACCGGAAUACAACAUGGCGCUGUCCAAGGCAUGAGGGGCUCUGACAGGCACCAAGAUGACAGAACAGAGGGAGUUUGCACGCCUUGCUAACACCGAAGCAGCAGUGAUAACGAAAUCCACGAAAGCCACCAUCAUGGUGAACAAGCUGUUGGUGGCGGAGUCUCUGGUGGUGUUCUGCAUCGUCCUAAGCGUCCAUGCAGUAGUGUGGGACCGUUUCUCCUGGUGCGCCUUGGCCUUGGCCGUGCAGGCGUUUUACGUGCAGCACAAAUGGGACAGAUUGUUACAGUCUGGCGGAGCAGUAUUUCAGUACAGAUCCUCUGCCAACAGCGGCCUUCUGCCAGCCAGCAUGAUCAUCCCCCUGCUUGGCAUUGUCAUCCGAGAGAGGUGUAAAGCUUCUGGUAACGUUUACUUUGAGAGGUACGGAGUAGUCGUAUCCGCCACCGGGAUGGCCUUAGCCUAUUUCCUUUCCAUAAUUGCACUAGGGAUCACGAAACCUGUACCGAAAAACACCUGCAUAGUGUCGGGCGCCGCCGGCAGCGCCAUUCUCUACACCAUGAAGAACUCUCUGGCCGUGUCAGAAGUCAUCGAGGUUCUGGAGGUGCUCCUCAUCUUUGUAUACCUUAGCAUGAUUCUCCUGUACCUGAUGCCACGCUGCUUCACGCCCGGAGAAGCCUUGCUCGUUGUCGGCGGGCUCAGCUUCGUCCUUAACCAGCUUAUCAAACGUUCUUUAAAUGCGGCGGGUGGCAAAGGAGAUCCUGCAGAUUACCUGCUGCUGGUCACCCUGGUGGCUCUGGUCCUUCUGGGAAUUAUCUUCUCAGCCUUGUUCUUUUUCAUGGAUUCCUCCACUUGGACCUCCUCGUUGUUCUUCUACAUGAUGACGGCUGUGUUGGGUCUGGGAAUCUUUGUGCCGUGGUUACAGUACCUUAUCAAGAGGCAGCCCCUCUUCUGGCUGGUGGAGUUCCUGGUGCAGAGCAGGACACGUCUCUAUCUCCUUGGCUAUUGGGUGUUGCUGGCUCUGUCAGCUUGCGUCAUCGUUCUCUACCAGAACUCUAAGCGCACUCCGGACUCGAAGAAGCUUCAAGUGUCCACAGUGACUCGCAAGUACUUCCACUUCCUUGCAGUGGCCACGUACAUACCUGGUAUUCUGUACGACAUGCAGCUGCUCUUCGUUGCCUCCGUGGCCUGUUUGGCCGUCUUCGUGCUCCUAGAAUAUAUUCGCUACUUCCGAAUCAGACCGCUGGGACAGACGUUACGGCAGCUGCUGACGCUCUUCUUGGACGAGAGGGACAGCGGUCCUCUGAUUCUCACGCACAUUUACCUUCUCCUAGGGAUGUCUCUUCCGGUCUGGCUGUUUCCAAGACUUUGUGCUGCCUCUCUCUCCAGCCCUUCUACUUUGCUUCCCUAUUGUGGGGUGCUAGCGGUGGGUGUAGGGGACACCAUAGCCUCUGUUUGUGGCAGCAGCAUGGGCGAGAUUAAAUGGCCUGGCACCAAGAAGACGUUUGAAGGCACCAUGAUGGGGAUAUUUGCCCAGGUCAUCGCAGUCGCCUUGAUUCUCAUCUUCGACACUAAUGUGAACAUGAACAGCGGCUACGGGUGGUUACUGGGCUCGAUCACCCUGGUGUCGCUGUUAGAAGCUUUCACCACCCAGAUCGACAAUCUGUUGCUGCCCCUGUACCUGCACAUCCUUCUGAUGAUCUGAGAAGAGGGUCAUCAAGCCUUGAGGAAGUCAUCGCGACAAUACUGCUGGUCACCAGACCAUGGUCUAGGGGGAUACACCGGAGCCCAGCCAGGUGUGUUAGAGAGGGAUGAAAUUGAAUAGGGUUAUGUUUCCGGCACACCCGGACAGGCGGUUAAAGGGAAACUACAGAAUGGUACCAUAAUAAUGGAGACUGAUAUGACCUACAGUAUAGAACACAGAAAUGCACUCAAUGAAGAAAGUGGGGAGACCAAAUAGGACAAAAUGUGAGCAAACGUCACCCAUCAUCAAAUGCUUCUCUGGCUUAGGAUAAAUAAAGUUGAUACAAACCAGGACCUGAAGAGCCGAUUUGGUGCAGUUCGUAGCCAUCAUCCUGAGCGCUGUUACUGCCCGAGUAGCCAAGAUCUGCCUUUGGGCACCUAACGAGUGCAGGGUAGAACAUGUAUGUGCCUUUCUUGCACUUGUUUGUAGCAACUUUAUUUAUAAGGAUCUGGUACACAGAGUCGUCCUUUGGACGCAGGGGGCCCGAAUCACCGAUGGCUCAUGCAGGCCCGUGCACCAAAUUACAGAUGGCGUUGAGAAACGGAGGCAUCUACAAGAGGAAGGCGCAACCGGGGCCUUGCUCUCUGCGGCACUGCAUAGCCAUCAGGCUUGGUUGGAAAGAGGACGAGAUGUACAGUCCUCUGCCAGAUGCUCUAUGGCGCUACCUCUGCAGAAUACCUCCCCACAUACAUCUAAUAUUUCCGUUAGGCCGCAUACACACGGGUCUGCAAAACACGUGCACUAGCCAUGUUCAACCCGCAUCAUCAUUGGGUCCAAGAUGUGGCGAAAGACAGGACAUGUGUUAUCUUUUGUGUCGCAGCGGUACAGACCCGGAAGGGUUUCCCUGUGCUACCGGGUCCGUUCCGCAAAAGAUAGAACAUGUCCUGUCUUUUGCCACGGAUCACGGACCCAUUAAAGACCAUGCGGGCUGCACACGGCUGUUGCCCGUAAUUUGCGGAUUCACGGUUUGAACGGUCUUGUGAAUGCGGCCAUAUUUCUUUCCUGCGUACCCUAUCGCCUUCUUAUUUUUGUAGCAGUCCUCUGCACGCACUUUGAAGUCAUUACCUAAAUUGCGACAACAGUAUUAUCACAGAUUUGAAUACUCGGGUUGUCAGGAUACAGUAAGCAUGUAGAACGCUGUAUUGUUAUAACCAGAUUAGAAUUUCAGAAAUUUUCAUACGCAUGGUACUGUCACUUUGAAUGUAUACAAAAAACACCCCGAAAAUUGGUGUAAGUCGAAAAGUUUUUGGGAAAUAAAUGUGUCUUCUGUA